UCCCUGGAAUCGGUCCUGCGUCAUCCAGCUGAUAAUCGAACCCAGAUUCGGGAACUUGGGCAGACACUGAUUGAUGGAGGGAUUCUUGAUGAUAUCAUCAGUGAAAAAUUGGAGGCUUUCAAUGCCCGCUAUGAGGAAUUGAGUCACUUGGCGGUGAGCCGGCAGAUUGCCUUGGAACAGCAGCUUCAGACCAUGAGAGAAACCGACCACAUAUUGCAGGUCCUGCAGGAAAACUUAGCAGAGCUGGAUAGACAGUUGACAUCUUACCUGACUGACAGGGUAGAUGCUUUUCAGAUGCCCCAGGAGGCUCAGAAAAUUCAAGCUGAGAUUGCAGCUCAUGAAUCCACCUUAGAGGAGCUCAAGAAAAGUGCUCGCACUUUCCCUCCUGCUUCUCCUGAAUGCAGGUCUCCCCGUGGUGGAACUCAGCUGGAUGCUUUGCAGAGAAAACUCCGAGAAGUAUCUACAAAGUAUCAGCUUUUCCAGAAACCAGCCAAUUUUGAGCAGCGCAUGUUGGAUUGCAAGCGGGUGUUGGAUGGUGUAAAAGCAGAACUUCAUGUAUUGGAUGUGAAGGAUACUGACCCAGAUGUAAUCCAGGCACAUCUAGACAGGUGCAUGAAACUCUAUAAAACCCUCAGUGAGGUGAAGCUGGAGGUUGAAACUGUCAUCAAGACAGGAAGGCAAAUUGUACAGAAACAACAGACAGAUAAUCCCAAAGGGAUGGAUGAACAGCUGACAGCAUUGAAAUUUCUUUAUAAUGAUUUGGGGGCACAGGUGACAGAAGGAAAACAAGACCUUGAAAGAGCAUCCCAGCUGGCACGCAAAAUGAAGAAAGAGGCUGCUUCUUUGUCAGAGUGGCUAGCUGCCACUGAGGCUGAGCUGGUGCAGAAGUCCACUUCAGAGAGCUUGCUUUCUGACCUGGAUUCAGAAAUUGCCUGGGCCAAAAAUGUGCUGAGGGAGCUGGAGAGGAGGAAAGCUGAUCUGAAAAGCAUCACAGAAAGCUGCACUGCACUCCAGGCUCUGGUGGAAGGGAGUGAGACUUCUCUGGAGGAGAAGCUGUGCGUCCUUAAUGCUGGCUGGAGCAGAGUUCGGACCUGGACCGAGGACUGGUGUGACACCUUGUUGAAUCAUCAGAGCCAGCUGGAAAUAUUUGAUGAAAAUGUUGCCCACAUAAGUACCUGGUUGUAUCAGGCUGAAGCCUUGCUGGAUGAAAUUGAGAAAAAGUCAGCAAGCAAAAAGGAGGAAACUGUGAAGCGCUUAACAUCUGAAUUGGAUGAUGUUAGUCUUCGGGUGGAUAAUGUGCGUGAUCAGGCUAUUAUCCUGAUGAACGGUAGGGGGGUGUCAUGCCGUGAACUGGUUGAACCCAAACUGGCAGAACUGAACCGGAACUUUGAGAAGGUCUCUCAGCACAUCAAAAGUGCCAAGAUGCUUGUUGGACAAGAACGACUUCCUGUCACAUCAGAGCCCCGCGAAGUCAGAGUAGCUUUUCCAGACCUGGAAAAAUUUGAGAGUGACAUACAGAAUAUGUUAAAAGUUGUGGAAAAGCAUUUGGAAUUGAGUGGGGAAGAUGAAAAGUUGGAUCAAGAAAGAGCUCAGAUUGAAGAAGUUUUGCAGAGAGGAGGGCAGUUGUUACAGCAGCCUAUGGAGGACCAUAAGAGAGAGAAGAUCCGCAUACAGCUGUUGCUUCUGCAGAAAAAGUACAAGAGUUUGCAGGAGUGCAGACCAUUUCAAAGGAGGCAGGUGGUGGAACUCGCUCCGGUGUUCUCCCAGUAUAAGAAGGAACAUGACAGUCUAAUGAAGUGGCUGGAUGAGGCUGAGCACCGUCUGCCAGGGCUGCAAGGUGCGGAAGAUGAACAAAAACUACAGGCAGUUCCUGUCCAGCAGAGGUUAAAAGGCCCCUUUGCCACAGGGGUUAGGACCUUGACUUUUUCGGCUGAAUACUUGGUUGAAAUCAACAAAGUCUUGCUGGCCAUGGCUGAUGUUGAACUACUGCUGAAUGCACCAGAGCUAAAUACUGGCAUCUAUGAGGAUUUUUCAACUCAGGAAGAUGCACUGAAGAACAUAAAAGACACUUUGGAUAAACUUGGGGAUCAAAUUGCAGUCAUACAUGAGAAGCAGCCUGAUGUUAUAUUAGAAGCAUCUGGACCUGAGGCGAUACAAAUAGGAGAUGCGCUAACCCAGCUGAAUGCGGAAUGGGACAGAAUAAAUAGAAUGUACAACGAUCGUAAGUGUCGCUUUGAUAGAGCAACAGAAGCUUGGAGGCAGUUCCACUGUGAUCUCAAUGACCUCUCCCACUGGAUAACAGAAGCUGAAGUGUUACUAGCGGAUGCCCGAGGUCUGGAUGGCAGCCUGGAGCUGCAGAGAGCUGGGCUGCAUCAGCAGGAACUGGAAGAGGGAGUCAGCAGCCAUCAGACCAGUGUUUCAGCACUGAACAGAACUGGGGAAGGGAUCAUACAGAAACUGUCUGCUACAGACGGGAGCUUCCUACAGGAGAAGCUGGCUGGACUGAAUAGACGCUGGAAAGCAAUCACCGCAGAGGUCAUGGAUAGACAACAGAGGCUAAAAGGAGAGAAUCAACAACUGAUAGAGUACAGAAAGAAGCUUGAUGAGCUGCGUUGCUGGUUGGAAAAUGUAGAAAAUGCUCUCGACACAAGAUUUACAUUUGACCAUGAAGAAAACUUGCAAGAAUUACAGGUCUUAAGAGAAGAAAUGGAAGUACAGGGAGACAAACUGGAAUGGCUGAAUAGAACUGAACCUGAAGUACUUUUGGAUAAAAAUGUUGAUCCUCAGGAAAAAGACAAACUUUCUGAUUGCCUGCAGUCCCUCAAUGUGAGAUGGAAUAAGGUGUUCAGAGAAGUGCCUGCCAGAGUGAGAGAGUUGGAGGCAUUUGUUGGGCAGUCUCGUCUUGUUACACAGACAAAGCCUUCUGAUGUCCAAAAGAUGGUGCUAGUAUCUUCCUCAUUGGAAAUUCCUGUUCAGGCUCAGCAGGCUUUGGAACUUUCUGCACCUGCUGAUCUGGAUAAAACUACAACUGAGCUGGCUGACUGGUUGGUAUUGAUUGACCAGAUGCUCAAGUCAAACAUAGUCACCGUGGGAAAUACUGAAGAGAUCAAUCGGACUAUUGCACGAAUGAAAAUAACAAAAGCAGAUUUGGACCAGCGGCACCCUCAGCUGGAUUCUGUUUUCACAUUGGCUCAGAAUUUGAAAAAUAAAACUUCAAGUUCAGACAUUAGGACAGUGAUCACAGAAAAAUUGGAGAAGGUGAAGAACCAGUGGGACAAUACCCAGCAUGGCGUGGAGCUGCGGCAGCAGCAGCUCAAGUACAUGCUGGCAGACAGCAUGCAGUGGGAUGAACAGAGGCAAGAAAUGGAGCACCUCAUGGAACAGUGUGAGAUCCGUCUGCGUAUGCUCAUGCAGGCCCCAAAGGAGAUGCUUGCCAAACAGAUUUCAGACAACAAACUGUUAGUACAGGAUUUGCAUAGAGGUGACAUCACAGUAGCUGCGUUCAAUGAUCUUUCAAAUAAACUUCUCCGAGAAUAUCGUGAUGAUGACACAAGGAGGGUGAAGGAAACCACUGACCAAAUGAACACUUGUUGGGUUAAUCUGAACCAAAGAGCUGUUGAUAGGCAGAAUUUCUUGGAGAUUGAGCUGAAGACAGUACAGGCCUCACACAAGGAUCUGGAGAGCUUUCUCAAGUGGCUUCAAGAGGCAGAGACAACAGUUAAUGUUCUGGCAGAUGCAUCCCAGCGUGAGAACAUUGCUCAGGACAGUGCCUCUAUAAGGGAACUCAGAAAGCAGAUGCAG